AUGAAGAAAAGUGGGACCCUCAUGAUUAAAAUGUCUGACCAUAUGGAUCCUCACUUCAGUGCCCAGGAUGUUUUACGCUGUAAUCUCUGUGAAAUCGCGGUCCCUCCUUUGUACUGUGACUUUUGCCAAAUACAUUUAUGUAAGGCCUGUGUUGGGGAGCAUCUCUCAGACGAAUCAACAGAACACAACGUUUCGCUGUACAGAACAAGGGUAUCUGCAACUAAAUAUCCUAAAUGUUCAAAACAUUUACAUAAACAAUGUGAACUACAUUGCGAACAAUGUGAUAUCCCAACUUGUGUUCAGUGCGUCUCCUCCGGUGAACAUCUAGGUCACAAACAAGUUAAUAUUGAGAAAAUAUUAGAAACAAAGAAAGAAACUUUGCAGAUUGAUUUACAAGAAUUGGAGAAUUCUAUUUACCCCAAAUGCCAAGAAAUUGCAUCAGAUAUACCUAGUCAGAAAGCUCUUCUGGUUGAAAAUUCAAAGGAUUUUACCACAACUCUUAACAAACAGAGAGAAAUAUGGUACAAUGAAAUUGAUAUCAUUAUCAAGAAUCUGAAAUCCGAAUUUGAUGAAAUAGAAUCUAAAGAUACAAUGGCUCUUAAUUCACAAGAAGAUCAUAUUACAAGACUCAUUGAUGAGGUAACACAAAGUAUUGCUUGUGUAAAGAAAUUAUUGGCAUCCAAUGAUAUUAGUUUAGUCUUUGAAUACAAAUCAAGGAAUGCUGAAUUCAGAAAACUUCCUCCGAAACUUGUAUAUUCUCUACCAAAAUUUAUGCCUCAGAGGAUCAACAGCGAACGUAUUAACGAGCUGUUUGGUCACCUUGAAGCGGCAUCAACCAACUCAGAAGAAGAACACUGUAACACCGUAGACCCUUCAGGUGCCAUCUCCUCUCCUCCGAACAAACCGCUUAUUAACGAGCCACGGGUCAUUAAAGAUAUCGACACCGACUAUGGAGAAUCUGACGGGUUAUACAGCGUGUCUUGUCUGAGCGAUGAUGAUGUUUGGACGCGUGGUCAGGACAACAUGAUGCGACUCUAUAGUCUCCAGGGAGACCUAAUAAAAUCUAUCCAAACCAACUCAAAGACCAGGCCACAGGACAUAGCGGUGUCGAGUGAUGGUGAACUAGUGUAUACCGAUCCAAAAGACAGAACUGUAAACAUAGUGAAGAAUACGAAGGUACAAGCAGUUAUCACUUUAGAAGGCUGGCGACCUCUCGGUGUAUGUAGUACCUCCUCUGGUGACCUCCUGAUUGUCGUAAACAGUGACGACAGAAAACAAACCAAAGUUGUACGUUACUUUGGCUCUACCCCAAAAGUAAGCAUUCAAUACCAUGCUAAAAAUCAACCUCUCUACUCAUCUUUUGGUAUCAAAUAUAUUAGUGAGAACAGAAACCUAGAUAUUUGUGUAUCUGACUAUACAGCCAGUGCUGUUAUAGUGGUCAAUCAAGACGGACUAUUUAGGUUUAAAUACACCGGUCCUUCCUCUACAACCAAAGGGUCAUUUGAUCCAGUCGGCAUUGCCACAGACAGCCAAAGUCUGAUCCUGACAGCAGAUUGUGGCAACCACUGUAUCCACAUCAUAGAUCAGGACGGACAGUUCCUCCGCUACAUCGACAAUUGCGACUUAAACUAUCCAUAUGGUCUAUGUAUGGAUACCGAAGACAAUCUCAUUGUGGCCGAUAACGGGUCAGGAAAAGUGAAAAAAAUCCAAUAUUAUAUUAAGUAACCAUACGAUAUUCCUGUAUAUAUAUUCAGUGUACAUAAAUAGUUACUGAGAUGAUUUUAUUACAUUGUAUUUCAAGUGAGUCUUUGUAAAUUAACACUAAGUAUAUAAAUUUUAGUUCCGAUUUUAUUUUUAAAACAAAAGAUUGAACUUAUUGUUUUGUUAUUAUCGCCGGUUAUUAUAUGUAUACGAACGAAUAUGUAUAUAUAUCAUAAUAUGAUGUAAAUCUGUAUUUCUGGAACA